AUGCAAGACUCAGCCGUUUGGCUCAGGUUCCUUUACUCAAUCUUUCCACUACCCGAACAGACGCAGGUCAUCCGUGUCCUGGCUCUUAGCGCGAACACUGAUCUGGACGCUGACCCCGAGGUCGAAUUCAUCACAUUAUUGCUAGACGCGACGCAACGACGCCGAUUCCAGGCUCUCUCAUAUGUAUGGGGCGGUACCGAUGACCAGAAACCCGUCCUGCUAUAUGGGCGGCCCAUCUUAGUCGGGAAGAAUCUCCAUUCUGCUCUGCGACAUGUUCGAAGCCGCGAUAUGCUCCAGCCGACUAUCGUAUGGGCGGACGCUAUUUGCAUCAACCAAAUGGACCUCGUCGAACGCAGUCGUCAAGUAAUCCUGAUGCGGGCAUUGUAUACAAACGCGAAACGAAUUAUCCUCUGGCAAGGCGAAGGUACUGAAGUUAUCGAAGGCGCUAUGGCGCUUAUCAACUCUUUCGUGGAUUCAUGGAUUUGUCUCGGAGACAAAUUUGUUCAAUGCUUGCUGGCUCAGAGUGAUGCGGACAAUCCAGAUGACUUGGAGGCUUUCGCAGUGGCAGUGGCGUCUAUCUUGGCUGAGGAACCAUCAUGCAUUCGAAGAUUUUGUCAACCAUUUAUCCUACCGGAGAGUGUUAUUGCCCUAGUAAAUAAUAGCGCACUCGGUCAACAACCUUUCACGGCGUUCGCCGUAGCCAUCGCAUUUAUCCUGGAUGAAAAUCCCUUCUGGAGUCGCCUAUGGAUUCUGCAAGAGACUGUGAUUGCGAUGAGACGGAGUAGCGGUUUUCUUCAAAUUGGCAGUCACAAGAUCCACCUCGGAAAAAUGUUGUGCGCAGUCCUACUCUACUAUGUUGUGCAGACGAGGCUUCGUGUUCGAGGCCGCAGUGCUGACCCAGGUUUGGAUACGACAGGUCCGCUGUUAGUCCAGCGCUUUGGUCUGGCUGGGUUUCCUGGAUUAUUACAGGAGGACGCAAGCAGCCUGACACGACCACUUCUCCAGGCUCUUUUGACUACGAACAGAGAAUUGAAAGCUACCGAUCCCAAGGAUCGAGUCUACGGCUUCCUGGGCGUAUUGCCGGACCUGGGGCUUGAGCCAGACUACACUAAGUCUGUCUCUACAAUCUAUCAGGAGGCCACCAUGGCGGUAAUUCAGAAGCAGCAGUCUUUGGACAUCUUCAUUAAUAUCUGUCUUCCUGAUGCUACUUGCGCGGACCUCCCUUCUUGGGCAUCCACUUGGUCGACACAUGGCGGAGUUAUGCAUGCUACUAGAGUAGCCGCAUGGGAUGCAGACAGCUGGAUUACUCCCGACGAUAAUAGGAAUGCUGAUCCAGCAGACCACGGGGAUCCAGAAAUCUGCUAUAAUGCCUGUCCUGGCGUGGAGUUUGCCGCACAACAAGUAGGCACUACGCUCCAUGUACUUGGGUUCCGUUUAUGCAGAGCUGGAGAUGUCCAGGGCUUUGGGCCUUCGCUUUCGAUCCCUGAAGAUUCAGUGCCAAGCUCGGUAACUGGAUGGGCUCGCAAAAGCGAAUCGCUGGGCGAGAACUUCGACCCGUACAGGUCUGACAUGUUGGAUUAUUACCUCCACUGGCGUGAUCGGAGCACGGAUCAUGUGACAUUCGAGAAGAAGUUCAUCAACCUUCUCUUUCUCGACCGUACAAACAGAGAACGGCAGGGCACACAGUCGGACUGGGAUAUUGUUCACGAACGUUCCACAUUGGGAAACAUCGAGCAACCGGACACAAUAAUAUGCAAGGCCCUGACUCCUUUCCCACGCACUCUCCUCACACACCGAGUAGCGAUGCUCGAAAACAAGGUUCUCUGCCUUCUUCCUAAUGAAGCACAAGCCGGAGACGAGGUAUUCUUACUAGCAGGUUGUUACGUGCCGUUCCUUCUGAGACCUUCUCGUACGGGUUGUGGAACACUGUACAGCCUCGUAGGCCCGGCAUAUGUUGAUGGUGUCAUGGAUGGCGAGCCGUUAGCAGAAGCACCUCGAUGGGUAUCAACCGGUAAUCCGGAUGCGACUGGUGUCGAGUGGAGUAAAGUCGUUUUGAUGUAG